AUGGGGGUGCAGGGUGUUCCCCCGAGGUACAAAGCGUCACAAGGAGUCCCCCAUGCCCCACCCCAGAGCCAGCCGCAUGUCAGCGCAGGCGGGAGGGGUCCCUGGAUAACCAGCCCCUGCCCCACCCCAGAGGGGCUGCAUCUGGGCUGGAGGACUGGUGACUCAACCCCCUCUCUCCUCGCCCGGCCUCAGAAACGCUACGAGCCCCGCAGGGGGCGGCUGAUCGUCUGUGGCCACAGGACGCUGGACCUGGACGGGAUCUACUGCCUGCUUAGCGACGACCACGGCGAGAACUGGCGCCUCGGGGGGGCCCUGCGCGGGAUCCCCUACGGGCGCCCCAAGUUAGCCCACGACUUCAACCCCGACGAGUGCCAGCCCUACGAGCUGCCGGACGGGUCGCUGGUGAUCAACGCCCGGAACCAGAACUUCUACCACUGCCCCUGCCGCAUCCUGGCCCGGAGCUGGGAUGCCGGCGAGACCCUCCCCCCCGAGGCCGUGACCUUUGACCCCACCCUGGUGGACCCCGCCGUGGCGGCCGGAGCCGUGGUCACCGGGGGCCUGGUCUUCUUCAGCAACCCGGCCAACGACACCCACCGCGUGAACCUGACCCUGCGCUGGACUUCGGCCAAGGGCAUCUCCUGGUGGCAGCGCCCCCUGCAGGUCUGGGCGGGGCCCAGCGGCUACUCCUCCCUAGACGUCAUGGAGCCCUGGGAUGCCCCCGGGGAGCCCCCCACCCUCUACCUCAUCUACGAGAAGGGGCGGAACCAGUCCAUCGAGAGCAUCUCAUUGGUCAAGAUCAGCCUCUCCGGGAGCCUCUGACGCCCCACCCAGCCCCAGGCAGCGCUGAGAGCCCCGGGGGUCCCUGCCCCACUCCCAGCCUGGCCCCAGGGGCGCUGGAGGGGGGGGGAAUCGGCCCCGAACCCUGGAAUCAAAGGGGAACGAACUGUACGAACGGAGCAAUAAAGGAAACAAAACUUC